AUGAAAUAAUAAAUUAAACAAGAUGAGUCUGCACAACCAAUGAUCAUUCUCUAACCAACCCAAUACAAAUUCAUGAUCUUUAUGGACUCUUCACUCCAAAAAGACCUAGACAAACUAUACAACAAGCAAACCAGACAGAUCAUAGAUAAAGAGAGAGCUGAAAAACUUCAAUCAGUCAAGGAUAAUGUGAAAGGUCUGAGAGAAAUCAUCAAUGAUUAUUAGUCGCAAUAAAACGAAAUCGAUAGUCUCAAGUUGCAAUUGCAGAAUUAGAUCAAAGCUAUUUUGUCAAAAGAAUAAAUUAUUAAAAAUAUUGAGGACACUUACAUGCAACAAAUGGAUGAAAUCAAAAAUAAUUAUGAGUAACGUCAAGUUGAUUUAGUUAGGGAAUGCGAAUAAUUAAAGCUGAGAAAUAAGGAAUUGGAAGAAAUCAAUAACAAAUAUCUAUCACAAAAUGAUCUAUUGUUGAAAUCUACUACUCAGUUUUAAUAAAGAGUUAAUGAAUUAGAAAUUAAACUUGCAAGGACAGAAAAGAACAACCUUAUGACAUCCUUAGAGUUAGAAUAGAUGAAAGAUAUAAGAGCAGGUGCUUUGUUUAUCAAAGGUGCUUAUAAUAUUUUGAACUAACAAUAUUAAGAUAGUAACAUUUAUACGCUUUUGACUUAGAAAUUCAAAUCAACUAUCUUAUACUUUUUAGAACCUAAAGAUAUAUUUGCCUUAAUGUUGACAAGUAAACAAAUGUAUUUCAUCAUUUAAAAUAAUCGAUCCUUAUUAAAUUACAUUGUUAAUUAUAGAACCUAAGUUUUAAACAAAGAAGUUGUGUAUUUAAAGAAGGAGUCGAAUUAUUUUAAUGAUAUGGUAUUUUAAGUCCCUGAAGAAGUUAUUUAAAUUGGAAUAGCUAAAUUUUUAGUUUUCAAAUUCAAUGUUGGAUAAUACAUGAAUGAAAUAUUUAAUGACGCCUUUGAAUUGAUUGAAGGCAAAUUCUAAAAUCAGUAAUAAAUUUAAUAGCCAUAAUAAAUAUCACAAAAUGAUUCUGUUUAUCAAAAUGAAGAUUUGUUAGGCUUAGGAGAAUCUGAUGAAUAAUAAUAAAUAAAAUAGCAGGCUUCACCAUAAUUAUAAAAUACCUAAUUCACUAAAAACAAAUAGUAAACAUAAUCAAAUAAUACGUAAUCCUCAAGCAAAAAUAUUAAUAAUAAUUCCACCUAAUCUUAACAAAACAAAUAAAAUAAAUCAUUAAGCGAUUUGUCGAUCCAACUUCAAUUAGAAUAUAAAGACAUUGAUUAAGUAAUUCUAGAAUCCCUAUCAGUGCCUUUUCUUAAAGAUUAGAUUUUAUAAACAAGAAGAGAUAUGGUUGAUCUUGUUAAAAAGAGUUCAUAAAUUAACUACCAAUUGUUCUAAACUGGUAGAAAGUGCAUUCCAACACCUACGUACCAACCAAAAUUUACAAUCUAAGAUUUUAUGCAAGCCUUACAAAUGACUUUCUCUAAAUUUGUAGCUCAUGGGAAUUAUUUGCACUUGGAAUCCUAAUAAUUAUAAUAAGUGUGUAAUUACUUCUCAAAACUCCUUCUCCAAUAAAACAAAUAAAUUUAUUAAUUAAAAUCCAUAAUAGAUGAUUAGAAGGUGGAAUUAGAUUCUUAAAAAGAAAUGAAGUACUAUAUCCAAGAUAGAGCAAAAAGAUUUGAAGAGAGAGUCAUUAAGGCUGAGGAAUAAAUCUUUACUCUAAAUAAAUUAAAUUUUGAUUAAAAAUCAUAAAUAUCAUCAUUGUAAAAAAAGGAAAAAGAGUUAGAAGACUUAAAUAAAGAGAAGGAGCAUAAAACAUAGACUUUGUUUUAAGCAGUCAAAUAGAUUAAAAUGGAGAAAGAUUAAGUUGAAUUCAAAUUAAAUUAAGUAUUAAAUAAUUUCAAAAACAUGAAAAAUGCACUUGGCAAAAUAGUGUGA